AUGGCCGCUCGCCCGUGGAUUACGUUAUUUACCACAGCACAUCGGCCUCCUUACACUAUAUCUAACCAAACCAAACUAUCCUCACCUAAUUUAUACAACGGAUUCUUCUACUACAAAUCCUGGUCUAAACUAUGGGCUUUAUCCGACUUUUCGCCAGACCAAAGAAUAGGAUAUUUUAUCUAUCAAACAGUAUACGGUUUCGACGAGGACUGGAACCAAACCUUUACCAAACUCAAUCGCUAUAUCCACUGCACUAUAAGAUAUGAUGAUAACCCUAAACCAACCGAGAUCAUAAAACGAUAUUUAAACUACAAUUAUCGUAGCACUCUACGUCUAGAGCCUUACCUCGAAAGCAAAAAUUGGAUUACUAAAAAAAGAGAAUAUAUAAUCUUGAUUAAUCGCUAUUUUUUUAAUAAGGGAUACCGGCACGAGUCUUAUAAUAUGGAUUGGAAGGUAAUAGAUAUUGAUUCUUCAGGUGAUAAGGAUAAAGAUAAGGAUAAGGAUAACUUAGACAGCGGUUAUAGUAUUUAUGAUAUUUAUCGAUAUCUAAGAGAGGGGGGCCAUAUUUGA